ACGUGCAUGUACUACAUUCAAUACUAUUUUGUUGUUCGAACGUUAUAAAUUUGCAGAACGAAGAAAGAGUACCUCUUUGAACGUUUCAAAUUUGCCGCCAAUUCGACUCGGUCGAGCGCUCGUGAGUUAUAAUUCGAGUCCGAGUCGAAGUCGCGUGUUAGUACCGUUUGUCGACGCACGGUGGCGCUGACGUAGCAGCGCCACUCAGCGACGGUAGAGGCAUAGUACUCGCGAGUGGCGGCAGUUGGCAGUCACCAGUGGAACCGCACGGUGUUGUUCUUGUGUAAGCGGCUACGCGCAAGAGUUUGGGGGAAAAAUGGCGUAGUUAAGGGUACAAAGUAAAUGCCGCGAUCGUAUCUUCGUACGUUAACCUACGCUUGAUAUUCGUACGAUCGGUUAAGGUUACGUGUAUUCUUAUUAGAAUCGAUAUUCAAUCGGUAGUUGAGUGUAAACGAAAAUAAUAUCGUUAUAUUUCUAAGGUCUAAAAAUCUUAGAUAGACGAGAGAGAGAGAGAGAGAGAGAGAGAGAGAGAGAGAGAGAGAGAGAGAGAGAGAGAGAGCAGCGUAUGUAAUAUAGCGCCGUUCUUUUGACAACGAGUUUCUUUUCUCAACGGGAAAGUUUUAACAAUAUCACGUAUAUCGUGAUCGUCAGGAUAUCGAAAUAUUUCCAAGGAUACACAGUUAACGUCAGUAUGGGGAGGUGGACAUUUUCAUCGAAGAAAAUAGGAUUAUCGAGCUCGUGACAGCUCGACGAAGUGCUGCUGCCGCUACCACUGCCGUUGCUGUUGCUGCUGCUGCUGCUGCUGCUGCUGCUGCGAGCUGAUUCGCGAGCGUUCGAAGAUGGUGCCAGUGUCGUUUUGACACUUGCCCAAAGGAUCCGUCAGCUGGAUUUUAAGAGAAGAGGAACGAACUAAACUAAAUUAAAACUAAACACAGUACAUACAUCUAUAUUAUAUAUAUAUAUAUGUGUAUAUAUAUAUAUAUAUAUCCAACAGCUCGCUCUAUUCAUCGAGUAUUAGCAGUUUUAUUAUGAGCAGAGAAUUUUACGUUCCUUGUACACCAUACGCUUAUCAGCAGUGCGGCGGUAGCAGCAGCAGCGGUGCAGGAUCGACGGAGGUUGGUGUGGUGGUGGUCUGCGGUAGCAGCAGUAGCAACGAUAACAACAACAGUAACAGAAACAACAACAAUAGCAACAGCAACAGCAACAGCAACAGCAACAGCAAUAAUAUCAGCGGUGGUGACGGCGGUGGUGGUGGUGGUGAGCGUGGGGUCGGAGGUGGUGGAGUGGUUGGUGUAAGCAGCGUUGGAAACGGAGGGAACGUCGUGGUUAGCGGUGGUGUUAGUGGCAUGGAUUGUAUGCCCCACCGUCCAGGACCUUUCCAUUACCUGAUAAACGAGCAAGCCAAAUCGUUGGUAGCCCUGCAGGAGUUGCAGAAUGAGGUCGGCGCCCUUCUCGAGUUCCGGGACCUCGUCAUCGAGACGUUCCCAAACCUCCGGCACAAGAUGGCUGCGACGGCGUCGGCGGGUGCGUCCGUGAUGUCCUCCAGCCAAAAUUCUCACAUACCAUUGCCUUUGUCGAGUCCGUCGUCUAGAAGGGUUAGCGAGUGGGAACCUGGUAAGGUUAGGAGACGUGUCGUACAGAGAGAACAAGCCGAGUCUUCCUCUUCGUUGCCAAGAAGUCGUAGUAAUUCUCAGAGCGGCGGUACGAAGAACAACUGUAGCGCUACCGUUCAGGAUUCCGGCUUCAGUACGGAGACCUCGUCGAAGGAUAGUGCCUCAACGGCGAUAGCGCCAAGACCUACCAGUCCGCGUCCUUGCGUAUUGGACGAGGCCGAGGACGAACUAUGGAAUCUCCUAGAUGUUAUACAUCGUAAGGGUAUCAGGCUGAGAGAGGAGGUCGAAUGUCUUCAAGGUCGUCUCGAGAGCGUUACCACGGAGGAUUUAGCAUCGAGCGACGUAUUGGAAGCGGUUAGGAAGGUAACGCAUCUCGAUAGCACCGAACAUCCAAACGAUACCACCGAUCUCGAGCUUGAAAAAACGAACGGCAGGGAGUCCCAAGUUAGAGUAUUGAGAAGAGAAAAGGAACAACUGUUGGACAAGGUCGCCGAGCUCGAGGCUGAAACUAUAUCGAGUCGUGCUCGUGCACAAGAAUUGCAGACCGAGCUGGCAGCUCUGUCGGCGCUCAAGACUGGUCUCGAGGACAGACUGAAGGCCGAGUUGAACGACUCCGAUCUCCUCUUGACUCCCGGUGCACAGAGAUUGCAACCGAUCGCGCCGGUCGUUUCCACCACGCCUAAAAGUGCCACCGUCGGUAAUAUUAAGAGCAAAUCGUCGGCCUUCGCGUCGGUUUCUAAGACACACAAGAGUCGUUUUCGUACGAGGACCAUCGAGAAGAACGUACUUCUCGACGCGGUCGCCCACGUGGACAAUGAACGACGUGAAAUCGAUAUCGAGGCAAGCGUGAUCGAAAGAAGGGCCAGGUUAGGAGCUUUGGAUUCCGUCCUAGUUUCACCUACGAGGGUGACGCACGUCAAGGACGUUGAUUCUGGAAAAAUCGCGGCUAUACUUCGCGAGAGUUCGCCUCUCGAGUUGCAACGGCACCUAAUCACAACGACCGUCCAUAAUCAAGUCUUGCAAAAGAGGCUGGACGAGGUACAAAAGAGUACGGAAACUCUUUCGGAACGAUUGGACAAGGCUCGUGAGGAGAACGACGAUCUCCGAUUCCAGUUGGAAGAAAGAAACAUCGAGUUGGAGGGUACGCGUGCUCGCGUUCGCGUCCUGGAACGACUUCAGCAACGAGCACCGACGGAAGCAGAGCCCGAAGCUGAAAGCGAACAACCGAGAUGCGAACAAAGCGGUCUAGAGCCUGGUAGUAGUACCGAGUCAGCGCGAGAUCAUCACCAAGCCGUCGAGGUGAAACCGUCGCCACGUCGACGACCUAGUCGUAUACCUUUACCCGGUUCAACGGGCAAACCGACGGCACCAAGACCGCCAAGUCAUGGUAGAAACGACAGCAGGGAGUCUCUGAAAUCUUUGACGAGGCUACCGAGAGAUUCGAGUCGUGACAGUCAUUGCGGGAAAUCGUUAUCGAAGACUCGAGACGCCAGCAGGGAGUCUUUAGGGAACAAUAACAACAACAAUCACAACAACGGCAGCAGCAACAAUAACAACAACAACAAUAACAACAACAACGCUAACAACAACAAAAGCUUAUCGAAGAGUACAACCAGCGGUAAUAGCAGUAGCAACACAGGGAAGGAGACCAACAGCAGGGAUUCCUUGAACAGGUCCCUGCCCCGUAACAAUUCCAGCCGAGACUCCUUAAACAAAUCCUCCUCGCUGUCCCGUGCGCGUGACUCACUGGAGUCUAGCAAUCUAGGCGGGACUAGCAACCCGUCCCCGGGCACGACUCCUCCUCGACGACCGCCCGCUCCUGCGCGUCGUUCCCACAGCCUGGCUCGCGCGGCGACGUCCGUUGAUACCGACAACGGCAAGACUCAUACCGAACCACCAAGUUCCUGGUGUUCGACUAAUAGCAGCAGUUUUCGUCACAGCGACUCAUCCUUGUAUCCAGACUCACUCAAUCAAGAAACAUCCUCAGUCACGGGCUCAACUCGCGUCGAAUUUAUACUCGGCUCCUCUGCACGAUGUUUCAGGCCAACCUCAACUUGGCCUCAUCGAUAUUUUGACAGCAUCGAUUCUGCCGACAUGAUACCCGAGAGUCUCUUAACCGAUGAGUUUCCAUUACGUUGCGGCGAAGCUAUGGCGGAACGUGACUCUCUCGAAUGUCAUCCACUUUCGAGCGAAGGAUGAUCGAAAGACGAAUUUUAAUACGUCGAUACAUUUUUUUUUCCUUUCCUUUUUCUUCUUCUCUUUCUUCUUCUCUUCCUUCUUUUCUUUUCUUCAUCUUUUUAUUCUUUUAUUUCAAAUUUUCUUCUUUUACUUCAUUAAUCGUUGAACGUUUUAACGUAGAAGGACGGAUUGUUUUAUCAAAAAUUUCUUUUGCCGAAUAUAUAUAUGUACAUAUAUAUGUACAUAUAUAUUAUUAAUUUUGAAUAAAUAUCUCUUAAUUAAUUAGAAACUUUAUUGUGAGAAAGAAAGAGGAAAGAACAAAAGGAAUAAGGAAGAAUGACUGUAAACGUAGGGAAUUAUUUUUGUAUUACUUUUCUCUUCUAUUUUUUUUUUUUUUUUUUAUUAUUAUUUUCUUUUUCUUUUUAUUUAGACUUAUACACACUUUUACGCUUGUCUUUCAUUAAUUGAAUUUAUUAUACAUAGUCUUAAAGAACGAAUUAAUGUCAAUUUAUCUUUUUAUGACCGUCCUUCUAACUUUAUCAAAAUGAUUCGUGCGAUCGUCGUCAUCAUCAUCAUCAUUAUUGUCAUCAUCGUCUUAAAUCGGAUCAAAACCAUCGAUCUUGACUUGCAUUUUUUGGCAGCAUUUUCUACGAAGAAAUACAUAUACAUAUAUAUAUAUAUAUAUAUAUAUAUAUAUAUAUACAUAUAUAUAUAUAUAUGUAUGUAUAUAUUUGAAACGUGAAAUAUUGUAUAUAUUAACGCGAAAGCAGUUCUUCAAAUUUAUAAUAGUUAAAUAUUCUAAAUGAAAAGGGAGACUCGUCGGCGAUUAAGAUAUUCGAGAGAAAUAUAAUCAAAAAAAAAAAAAAAAAAGAAAAAAGAAAAAAGAAAGAAAAAAGAUAAAUGAGAAUUGUUAACAUUGGACGCGGACGUUACUAAUAAGUUUUGAACAAAUCAAUACAUUUCCAAAAUCAUUUUACAAAUACCAGUGUGUGUUCAUCCUUGAUAAGAAGAGAAAAUGUAUUAAAGAUUAUUAUUAUUAUUAUUAUUAUUAUUAUUCUUUAUUAUUAUCUUUCUAUUCAACUUUAUACAUUUUUCUUGUUAAUUAACAAUAUAAAGAACAAAUGCAUGCAUAUAUAUAUAUAUAUAUAUAUAUAUAUAUAUAUAUAUAAGACUCGGUAACGUCUCGCAAAAUGGGCAGACUACGAUUAAUAAUUAAUAUAAUUACCGUCAUUAUUUAUUCUUAUUAUAUUUUCUUAUUAUUAUUAUUAUUAUAACUAUUAUUAUUAUUAUUAUCAUCAUUAUUAUUAUUAUUAUUAUUAUUAUUAUUAUCGUUAUUAAUUAAUAAUGGCGAGCGUGUCACGUGUAUAUUUUGUAUUGGCGUUUUUUCCUCUUUUUUCUUUUCUUUUCUUUUUUGUAAUAAACAAUUUCACGCGUAAUCGUAUUCCAGGGUCGCAUUUAUUGUUUUGUAAGCCCUAGGCGCAUUAUCAUAUUACGAGGCCAUGAAAACAAAUUAUUUCUUUUUUUUUUUUGAAAUUUAUUGAAUUUAGAGUUAAGAGAAAAAGUAGAAGAACAAUCAAGAAGAAACGAUGAUAAUCUUUUUUUUCUUCUAAGCUUUCGUUUUAACAAGUGUAUUAGAACGUUUUAUAGAUUAUCGUUUAUAAAGAGUAAAAUUUUAAAUAUGUUUGCUUAUAAGGAGAAUGAGAGUGAGAGAGAGAGAGAGAGAGAGAGAGAGAGAGAGAGAGAGAGAGAGAGAGAGAGAGAGAGAGAGAGAGAGAGAGAGAGAGAGAGAGAGAGUGAGGCCUCAAUUUUACGCCUAAUACGCCUUAUGGGUAAAUGCGACCCUGAUUGUAUCAACGAAGAGACGUCAAGAACAAGUUUGUAACGAGCAAACUUUCGAUUACUUGGCUAAUUACAUUGUAAUUAAUUAUCGAUAAUUCAUUAUAUUUUUAUCUCUACAUAUGUUAUACGUAUGAUUUUCGUAUAACACUGUAUACGUAUGCAAUUCUCGUAUACACGAACACGUAUUUUUCCUUUUUUUUUUCUUUUUUUUUUUUUCAAAAUUACAUUACGAUAACGAUACGAUAAAAUUUAUUGAUCAAAAACAAAAACAGAAUGAAACAAGAUAGAGAAGGAGGAGGAGGAGGAGGAGGAGGAGGAGGAGAAGAAAAAGAAGAAGAAAAAAACAAAAUUGACAUUUUAUUUUUCUCUCGACGAGUUUCCGUAGUCCUAAACAACAUUCCGAAUCGGACAUUUUCGUUUACCGAUAUUAUUCCAUUUAGUUAGCAUUUAAGGGAAUUUAUUUAAAUUUCUUGCGUUGUGAUGAACGUUUAUUAUUAUAAUUACUAUUACUAUUAAUUAUUAUUAUUAUUAUUAUUAUUAUUAUUAUUAUUAUUAUUAUUAUGAUCACUAUUAUUUAGACUAUUAUUAUUACUAUUACUAUUAUUAUUAUUUAUUUUUUAUUCGUGCGUGUAAUAAUAAGUAAUACCUUGACAAGUGUGAUAUAUCUAUGUACUAUGCGUAUACUAGACGUUUUAACGAUUAUGAAUUACGUUUACGAAGGAACGUCCAAUUUCCAUUUUCUUUUCUUUUUUUCUUUUUUUUUUUUUGUUUUUCUAUUUUCUUCUUUUCUUCUUUCUAUCUUUUCUUCUUUUUUCUUCGAAUUCUAAUAGCAUACUAUGUAGAUGACGAUUAGAAAACGAUGUUAAGGUACGAGUUGUUUGUGAACUUUGUUUUAAGAAGAAACAAGUGACAUUUUCAUUAUUUACAAA